CCCCAAGAAGGCAGGGUGCACUCUUCCUCCGCCCUUUUCAAUUAUUCUACGAUGCUUUAUGUUUUUAAGUUUCAUCAAACGCGCACUAGCACAUGAGCCAUCAACAAAGUACGUGAAAUCAGUGCAAGUGAUAAUGGAACAUUUUUUCUUGAAAAUGCUGAGGUGAUACACACCUCCUGACACACACGACUUUGCCCAUGGCAAUGGCAUAUCCGCCCAGUGCUAACGGAGACGCAGGAUCCCCCAGGAGUAAUGGAGGUUCUCCCAGUGGCCAUGAGCUGGCCAAUGGGGAUCUUGCUGACCCUGAUAGCUCCACAGUGACGACGGAUCGCUAUGGUUUCCUGGGUGGAAACCAGUACACUGAUCCUGACAUGGAAAGAAGAUUGCCACAAGAAAAACUCAGGAAGAGAGAGACAAAAUGGCUGGACAUGUUCAUCAACUGGGAUAAAUGGAUGUCUAAACGGUUCAAAAAGGUUAGAGAACGUUGUAGAAAAGGUGUCCCCCCAUCAUUGAGAGCCAGAGCUUGGCAGCAUCUGUGUGGUAGUAACUUCACCAUGGAACAGAACAAAGGGUUGUUUGAGUCUUACUUGAGGCUACCUGGGGAUCCCAAGUGUAUUGACGACAUCAACAAGGACCUGGAUCGCCAGUUUCCUCUCCAUGAAAUGUUUUUAUCUAAAGGAGGUGUGGGGCAAGAAUCGUUGUUUGAAGUUCUAAAGGCCUACACCAUUCACCGUCCUAUAGAAGGCUACUGCCAGGCCCAGGCACCCAUUGCUGCACUGCUGCUGAUGCACAUGCCAGUAGAGCAGGCCUUCUGGUGUCUGGUGGCUAUUUGUGACAAGUACAUCACUGGCUACUAUAGCCCUGGUCUGGAGGCAAUACAACUAGAUGGUGAUGUGUUGUUUGGUCUGCUUAAAAAAACAAGUCCUGGGGUCUAUAAACACAUGAGAAAACAACACAUUGAGCCAAUCAUGUUUAUGACGGAGUGGUUUAUGUGUGUCUACACCCGCACACUGCCCUGGACCAUAGUCUUGAGGUUGUGGGACCAGUUUCUUUGUGAAGGUGUGAAGGUUCUGUUCCGUGUUGGGCUGGUCCUACUCAAGGUGGUGCUGGAGGGCCAGGAAAAGCUGGCCCAGUGCCCCACAUUUUUUGAAACCCUGGAAAAGUUGAGGCUCCGGAAUCUUCCACAUGAGCUGCAGGAUGAGGACUUUUUAUUCAGGGAGUCUCUGCGUUUGGGAAUUAGUGAGCGAGACAUGGAGAGGGAACACCAGAAACAGAUAGCCAGACGGAAGGCAGCGAGAGAGGCCAAAGAGAAGGAAAGUUUAGCCCUGUCUGGGCAGGGACCUGUGGGAAGAAAAGAUGUGAGGCAGAAAAAGAGAUCAUAAAAAACAUUCUCAUUUGGUUGAUACUGGUUGAAAAAUCUGGCAUAUACUUUUUAUAAAAAGCAAAGCCAAUGCAAAGAAUGCAUGCCGUGCCAUGGAAUUCAUUUAAAAAAAAACCCAGUAAGAUGUACAUUUGAAUCAAACAGGUUUAAUCAAUGAAAUAUUCCUGUAGAUACAACAAAGAUCAACUUUAAAAAAAAAACUUAUCAAAGACUCUUUAAAAAGUGAUUUUGUGAUAAAAAUGGAAAGGAGAAAAACUUAUUGCAAGAUAAACUUCAAUGCGUGUAUGUGUGUGCAUGUUGAUGGACCUGGAUUCCAGCCAAAGCAUGGACUCCAUUUUUGCCAUUCCAGAAUUAUAUCUUUCAUAUUGUCCUGUGGCUUGUGGGUGAGUCAACUCAAGCCUUUCCAGCAAGUUGUGAUAACUCUCGUGUGUUAGAAUCACCAUCAAGAGCGUUUUAUUCCCUGUCUGCUUUGGAUGUAUCUAGUAUAUCACAGAUAUUUAUCUGUUUGGAUGUACCCUGUAUAUCACAGAUAUUUGUCUGUUUUGGAUGUAUCCUGUAUAUCACAGAUAUUUGUCUGUUUUGGAUGUAUCCUGUAUAUCACAGA